AGCUUCUUAGCCACUUAGUUACGCGUGGUUAAUUGUGGACGGACAACCCUCGCUGCGCAUGCGCGCCGAGGGUAAACUAACACUCAGCACGCACGUGUGCACGGUGUUUUUCGAUCUCUGUCCACGCAUGCGCAAGCGAACAACGGAGCGUCGGGAGGUCCGUGUAUAUACCGGCGGCAGGUCUGACCAAUACCACAAGGCUGGUGGAAUGAAGCCACAAGAAACGUGGUCCCUGACUGUUCUGUUUAUCAGCAUCGCGACGUCCGGCGUAAGUUGGUGCACGGGGCGGAUAGUUGUAUAUAGACAUGACAUCAGUGUCACAGGACCGUCCUCCGCCUUUACAUUGUACAAGGCAGCAGCAUGUUAUGCAUGUGUAGCUGGUCAAGUUUGGGUACACCUCAUAAGUACCUUGCAUAAUAUUCAAGCGAUAUUAGCUCUGUAAAGGGAAGAUCCCUUCCCUGGUAUAUACAUCUGGCUUCCCGGAUCAGGAACUAGCUAUACAUAAGCAGAGGAACCAACUAGCAAGGACAUUGUUGUUGUUUUUUUUACAAGAAUUACAAUUUUGGUCAUUGGUAGAUGGCUUAUAGUGACCUUGUACAACUAGACUAAUUGAAUUUCCCUAAUGCAGAUUCUACUAUUAGUGGAGGCUGGCUACAGGUUUGAGAUUCUGCUAGUGGGCUACCAGAAUCCCUUUCACAGACUAACUAAUGGAGACUACUGCGAAGGGCAAACUCAACGCAACAACCCUUGUGACAAUGCCUUUAUAAUCUGCAUCCGUCAUAUGGGAAGUCCAGCUAACGUAUGUGACAUUGACAGACUCCAAACAACACUAAUAGAGCGAGAUAGUGAUAAUCUCAUGUUCCGCGAGGGACAAAGUAUUGGCGGUGUUCAGAACCCCAUAGCAGUGUCUGGAGUCACUUGGCCUCGAAAAAUAGAGAUUCAGGUCUAUGUGUAUGACACAGAUGGAAGAGGCAAUUCUAUAAGUAUGAACUCAGAUUAUGUAACGGAAUUUAUAAUUCAUCCCGAUGUGAACGCCUCCACCAAUGGUGCAUACACAGAAGAAUUUAAUGAAAUUGAUGAUCCUUCAAGUGGGCAAAGGAGGUCACUCCAGCUGGCAUUCAGACUCACCUGUCUUCCACCUCACUUUGGCCCAGACUGCUCCCUGCUCUGUAACACCUCUGCCUGUUAUUUAACAGCUACUACACUGCAGCCAGGCAAAACCUCAUUUUCUUCACCUGAUGUACUGACACCGACAAUUACCACAAUGCCAGUUCGCCCAGACAAGACGAGAGGCAGCUCCUCCACUCUAAGACCUGUUAUUACUGUAGCACGACGUCCCUCUGAGGACCAGGCUCCCUCACCUGUGAGCAUUGGUCUCAUUUGCACAGGGGCAAUCCUCGUCAUAACAGCCAUCGGCAUAGUAGUGACUUUGUUGGUGAUUCUGAAGAUGAAGCAAAUGAAGAAGAUGUAUUCUCAAGACUUAGUGGCCUCCAAAGAAAAGUUUGAAGAUUCGCAAGACCAAGGGAAUGAGGGAAAGUUUGAAGAACACUUGUAUGACACUGUUAAAACGACAUCAACCUUUCGCACCAUUUCCACCACAUCCCCACCACCCGUGUAUGCAGCAGUCAAUGCCAUGUACCACAUUGCUCAGGAAGACCCUGAUGGUAUGGCCAUGGAGAAGAACAUAUCCUAUGCCAGAGUGGAUGUGGAGAGAAACGUGGCCUAUGGUGUUGUUGUAGGACAGAGGUCUCAGCAUCGUCCAAUGAUGCCACUCCCUGACCAGUAACUGCAUCCUCUUCACAAGUGUAUAGCUAGCUACUGUAAUAGCUAUGUACUGUGUGUGUAGCUAUAUACUCGCAUGUAACUGUGUUUGAUAAAGGACCAUCUU